AUGAUCAAGGAAUUGAUUGAAUCCAGAAUUCGACCGGCAGUGCAAGAGGAUGGUGGCGAUAUCCGAUAUGUCAGUUUCGAGGAGGAAACUGGACUCUGUACGGUGGAACUGGCAGGUUCCUGUGUUGGUUGCCCUUCCUCCAGUGUCACAUUGAAACAGGGCGUGGAAAAUAUGUUGCAGCACUAUGUGCCCGAAGUGACGGCUGUGGUAGCACUGGAAGAAGAAGGUGAAGCGGAAGAGGAAGAACCGCAAGAGGAAAAGAAACAAAAGACCUACGAGGAACGCUUGGCGGCGGCGGGAAUUCCGUUCAGCGACUGA